AUGAAUCUCUCAUACUUGUCUUCGAGGAAGGCUUCCACUACCACUGAAUGGAGACGCCCUAUAGAGAAGUCACAGCAGGACGAUAGAGAAUACCGUAUCAUUCGUUUGGACAACGGCCUAGAGGCCACUCUCAUUCAUGAUGCGACUGCCGACAAGGCUGCCGCGAGUUUGGACGUAGCGGUGGGUCAUCUGUCAGAUCCAGAUGACAUGCCAGGACUGGCUCAUUUUUGUGAGCACCUGCUAUUCAUGGGUACGGAACAAUUCCCCCGAGAGAACGAAUACUCGGAAUUUCUGGCCAAGAACAACGGUAGCUCGAAUGCGUACACAUCCGUUACCAACACUAAUUAUUACUUCAACGUGGCCACCCCUGCCCUCGCUGGAGCACUUGCCCGGUUUUCUGGUUUUUUCCACUGUCCGCUCUUUGCCCCCUCGUGUACAUCACGCGAACUCAACGCGGUGGACUCUGAGCACAAGAAGAACCAUCAAAGUGACAUAUGGAGGGUGUUUCAACUCAGCAAGCAUCUGAGCAAGGAAGGCCAUGUGUGGAGGAAGUUCGGGAGCGGUAAUCGGGAGAGCUUGUCUCAAGCCGGAAAGGAUCUCAAAGCGCAGGGAAAGCUUGAGGCCCCGGCGACUAAUGGUAGUUUUGCACCAUCGCCCCUUCCGCCCCGCAUAUCAUCGCCAGCCCCUUCCGUGGCUUCCGUUUCGAGUGACAACGAAUCCGAUGGCGGCGCAGUUGGUAAGGAGACGCGUAGACGGGUCGUAGAAUGGUGGACGAAGGAGUACUGUGCCAGCCGGAUGCAUCUCUGUAUCCUCGGCAAAGAAUCCCUGGAUGAACUCUCCUUGCUCGCUUCUUCUCUGUUCUCACCGAUACCUAACCGUGGUGUUGAUCCCCUCCCGAUGUUCGUUGAACAUCCAAUGGGGCCAGAGCAGCUAGGCACGCUGGUACCCGUUCAAACGAUCAUGACCGUACAUGCGCUGGAAUUCUCGUUCCAUUUGGAGUACCAGGUACCCUUUUGGCGUCAUAAACCUUCCGAAUUCAUCUCCCAUUUUGUUGGCCACGAAGGCCCCGGAUCUCUUCAUUCGUAUCUCAAGAACAAGGGCUGGAUCACGGGUCUAAGCUCGGGACCUCAGAAUCUUGGAAGAGGGUUCGGAAUGUUCAAAGUAACCGUGCAUUUGACUGCUGAUGGCUUCAAGGAAUACCGUUCCGUCAUACUGGCUACUGCGAAAUAUUUUGCACUCCUACGUGAAUCCACCUUUGCUCCAUUCCAUCAGAAAGAGCUGGUGACUUUGGCAAAGACGCGUUUCAGAUUUCAGGAGAAGCGACGCCCCGAUGAUUACGCCACACGGAUUGCGGAACGCAUGGCUCGCGGCUACCCAAGAGAUCUCCUCCUGAGCGCCCCGCUAUUGGUUUGGGAUUGGGAUGACUACAAACACGAAGGUGGCGGUGAAGAGAAGAUUCGAGAAUAUCUGGAAAGCUUCCGAUUGGAGAAUGGCAGAGUGAUCCUUAUGGCUCAGAAAGGAGAUCUAGAAAGCUUAGGAUUCCGCGAUCACUGGGAAACCGAGCCCUGGUAUGGCACAGAGUAUAGAGUUGAGCGGUUUGACAGAGAUUUCAUCGCACAGGCCAAUGGCUCCAAUGAUAUCCCACAACUGUUCCUCCCUGGUCCCAAUCAAUUUAUCCCAACCAACUUGGAUGUGGACAAGCGCGAAGUCGCGAAGCCUGUUGGACGUCCGCACUUAAUCCGAGAGACUCCCCUUUCCGUUCUAUGGCACAAAAAGGACGACAGGUUUUGGGUACCUAAAGGAUUCGUCGUCAUCGACUUGCGAAGUCCAUAUGGGAAUAGCUCUCCGCGUAAUUCUGUCCUGACAAGGCUGUACUCCGACCUCGUCACCGACUCGCUAACCGAGUUCUCCUAUGACGCUGAUCUAGCUGGCAUCACCUAUUCUUUCUUAACACAUGCCUCCGGUCUUUACCACGUUCUGGAGAGGGUCAAGCAGAUUACUGUUAACCCUGAGCGGCUGAUUGUUAUGAAAGAAGAAAUCAAGAAGACAUGGGAGAACUUCUUCCUUGGACAGUCAUACCAGCUAUCAGAAUAUUAUGGUCGAUAUAUGUUGACGGAACGGCAGUGGACCAUUCAUGAGAAGCUUCAGGAACUGCCCUCUGUCACUCCGGAGGAGGUCCAGAACCAUAUCAAGAAGGUUCUCUCCCAAGUGAACAUCCGGAUUUUAGUUACGGGCAACAUGUUUAAGGAAGAAGCUAUUAAGAUUGCUGAAGUGGUAGAACAAGGUCUAGGACUUUCCGGUCUACCACCGUCUCAAUUGAAUGAGAGGGGUCUUUUGCUACCAGAAGGGUGCAACUAUACCUGGACAUCUACGAUACCCAAUCCUAAUCAAUCCAACUCUGCGUUAACUUACUAUUGCCACUAUGGUUCCGUCGCCAAUCAGCGCCUUCGCGUUGUGGCUGCGCUCCUAAACCAGAUUCUUUCGGAACCGACAUUUAACACCCUUCGGACAAAGGAACAACUCGGUUAUAUCGUCUCAUGUUCGGGAUGGAGUCUAUCAGGUGGUGGUGAUAUCGGUGUGCGGAUAGUAGUUCAGAGCGAGAAGACUCCCGGACAUCUUGAGGAUCGAGUCGAAGCGCAUUUGUCAGCCAUGAAGACGUACAUCGAAGAUAUGACCCCGGAGGUCUUCCAGGAGCAGAAGGGAGGGUUGGAGAAGAAGUGGCGAGAGUCACACAAGAAUCUCAUGGAAGAGGGUAGCAACUUCAUGCUUCACAUCAGCACUGGACAUCUUGACUUCUUGAGGGCGACAAAGGACGCAGACCUAGUCAAGGAUAUAACGAAGGAGGACGUUCUUUCUUUGUUCAUGUCCAACGUUCAUCCAUCAUCGAAGACGCGAUCAAAGCUGUCGGUCCAGAUGCGCUCUCAGAAACCACGUCCCCAGAAAGUCAGUGCACAAGCAGCUCAGCAAUUUGCAGCUAUUGUGCGGGCGAAAAUGCCAGACCUUGACGAGAGUGCGUGGAAGGACCUUGGCGAAGGUGAUCAUGAUGUGUCCGACUUCCAAGCGCACUGGGUACAGGCGCUACAUGGAAGAGAUGGUCUCCAGGACUUGGUUAGAGCUAUGAUGGUGCUGAUGGCGAAGUACCCGGUUCAAGGAGAAGGUGAGGACGUUCCACGGCCAGGAGUGGAAUAUAUUACGGACCCGAAGGCUUUCCGAGCCGGUUUGAAACCAUCAGCGGACCUAGGGCCUAUGGUGCAAUGGGGAGAUCUUCCUGCACCUCGACUGUGA